AUGCUAUUUUCUGAAUUAUCUCCAUUUGCUUCAUCAUUUUCCUCUAUUAUUGUAUCAGAAAUAGGUGAUAAGGUAUUUAACAUACAUUUAAGAUAGACAUUCUUCAUUACAGCAAUUUUGGGAAUGACUUAUUCAAUGAGUUUGGUAUUUAUAGGUUCUUAUACAGCCAUGGUUCUAAUGACUCUAUUAUCAUGUUUCUUUGGAUUUUUGUUACCUUAAAUUUUGAAUCCUACAUAUACACAUACAAUAGCUUCUGUUAUGUUUUUUUAUUUUGGAUAAAAAUUGUUGAGAGAAUUUUGGAGUUCAGAAAAUAAUGAAAAUGAUGAUGAAGAAUAGGAAGCUGUUUAAGAAGUGAAUAAAGUUAAGUCAAAACUUAGCAAAUAAUCAGAUACAAAGAAUGUUUCAAAUUUCGAAAUUUUAAGAGCUGCAAUAGUAUUAACCUUUUUAGCCGAAUGGGGAGAUAGAAGUUAGAUUACAACUAUUGCAUUGGCAACUGAAGAUACUUUUGUAGUUUUAGUGGGUGCACUUCUUGGUCAUUUUAUUUGUACAAGUACAGCUGUACUUGGAGGAAAAAUGAUAUCAUCAAAAAUAUCUGAAAAAUAUGUAUUAUAUUUAAAAGAUUUAAAAUUUAGAUACAUCUCUGUGGUGGUAUGUUAUUUGUCUUAUUUGGAUUGCAUAACAUAAAAAUGCUUUUAUGA